GGAAGGACUUCGGGUGGCGUCGUCAAAGAUGCUGGGGGAUUCUACAGUGGGUGCCAUUUCGAAGAAUUGCCCUUCUGCCUGGAGCUGACUUGAUAAAUCGCGGAUCUGGUUAGUAUGGAUGUGGAGUAGGGGGAUGGAGAAGGACGGAGUAGUUAGGCAUAAAUUACUCACGGUGCAGUUGCCCCAGCACAAUGAGACAAAGGAUCACCAGCGACGCGGAAUGACGGCGAUGACGAAGAGAAGACGAGGGAAAGUCUUAAGCGAAAUGAGACAGCAGCGACAUGCAGCUCAAGGUAACAACAGACAUCGAAGAAGAUCCAGGAAUUGCGAAAUAUCUAUCAAGGAAGCGAAGACGAAGAUCAAACCAGACACGACAAGGAAGAGGGAGAGGAAGACGCGUGAAGGCAGCGCCCGCUGUUAGACUGUGACUAGCAGUGACAGCCAGCACCCAUAGACACGACAAGAGCAGACGGGGGGGCAACACACACACACACACACACACCGGAACGAACGCCAACCUCAGGUGGGUGGGCCGGGCAUUUGAAGACUUCCAAGGCUCG